GUGUCGUGAGAAAGAACAGAAAGCUACCAGUAGCUCAAAUUCGCGCUUCAGCACAAUCAGCUCAGUGCAGCCUAGGAUGCCUCCCCCUCCUGGAGUGGAAGCUGAAUGGCAGACGCUGCCCAAAGGUUCAUCAAUCGAGAGACUUCCGUCCCCGGACGCCCCGGGAUCUUGGGCAGAAAACAGUCUCGACUGGAUAUGCAGGAUGAGGAGCCUCCAGACCCUCUGCGCCCUUAGCACCCAGCCACGAAGUCAAAUGCAAGCAUUGCCCCGGAUAAAGAAGAUCGAUUACGUUCUGGCUGGCUGCGGGUUUCCAGCGAAGAUGCUGCGCGCAGGGCAGGCUGCCCAGGAGCGGCUCUGCGCGGCUCUGCGGCACCCAGCCGCCUGCCGACCCCCUUUCCCAGUUUGCCCUCCGGCCGUAGUCGUCUGCAAAUGAAUUCCCUGCACUUGUGAGUGAGCCCACACAAGUUCCCCAGGCACGAUUCUCCUACCUCUUUGCCCUAGGGAAGGGUGGGGGUAGCUUUUCAACCUUAACCUCCCUGCUACUCCGGAGAAGGUGACCGUUUGGGAAGGGGAGGGUAGUUUUCCAGGUUCCAGGGCACCACAAUUAGCGGCCAGUGCUUAAGUGGUUUAUCUUCUUCUUUCGCCUUUUGACAAACGGUCGGGGGGAGGACCACUACCCGGGCGCGACCCGGGGGCUCACUUUGCAGCCGGACGCUGAGUUUCAGACUGCAGCCUUGUUCAGCGUACACCCGGGCCCCUUCACCCUCAUCAAGUCUGCAGGCUGAUGGAUGCUAACAGGCUUCCCCUGAGCAUUGGUUAAAGCCCUAGAGUGCUCACCUUUGCCCCUCCUGUUUAUCUGCGGUCGCUGCCUCCUCCUCCUCCUCUUCCUCCUCCUCCUCUUUCUCCUUCCCCCUUGCCUUCCCCUCUCUAUCUCUUCCCACCCACGCCCUGUUAUCGUCUGCAACACCACCGAAAUACGUGCCCCCUUGGUAGAAUCGAAGCUCCCCGCCGAAGAGAGGGGGAGGGUGACACCCAUCCCCCCCCAUCUCUGCCUAGACUCCGGGUUUUACUGCAGCAAUCGGAGGUGACAGCGCCACCUCGGUCUCCUCGGAACCUCUCGGAGCCCCUGCUCAGCCCCUCUCCCCAGUGUCGGGGAAAGCGCCCCCUCCAGAGAGACAAAUCUCCGGAGAAGUGCGAACGAGCUACAGAAAAGCGAAUUUUAAAAAUGUAGAAGUCACUGGGCAGCAUUUCUCGGAGGACAGCCCCAUCUCCCAGGACUGACUGUCAGCGCAUUGGAAGUUAGGACCUUAGAGCGAAGGGGGAGGGGAGUGGUGCAGCCCGCAUUCUCUUCUGGAAGGAGUCGUUGCAAGACCUGCGGUUGGACACAAGUUUGCGUAAGAGUGUUUUCCUUUUGUCAAUUAUUAAUCACCGGAAUCAGUUUGGCAGAACUGGAGUUUUAGCAGUAGUGCAGAGGGCGGGGCCCGAACACCUAACUCUGGGAGCCUAGGCUGCGCCCAACGCAGUGGCAAGCUAACAGCUGCUGAGGAGAAGCCAGAGCAUCCAAGCUCACUCAAAGGCAGGAGAUGAAGAAAUAGAGCCCAGGGAAGAGACAUCAUCUACAUCAGACUGGGUAGAGGAGAGGUACAGCUGAGCUCCAGGCCUGGAUCCCCCUGGACAGAUCAUGCAAUGCUCUGGUGAUGUUGAGCAACAGCAAUGAGCCACAGCUUGCAGUGAGCCUUGUGAUCACAGAGGCAGAUGAACGGUACUCUACCAUGUACGUGCGGCUAAGCCCUGAUGUCCAAUAGGCAGACCUUCCACGGCUUGAGGAAGAACCAUGGAUUUCAAGCGUGUGAAGGAGUAUUUUGCCUGGCUCUACUAUCAAUACCAAAUCAUCAGCUGCUGUGCUGUCAUGGAGCCUUGGGAACAGUCUAUGUUAAAUACCAUCUUACUAACCAUUGUUGCUAUGGUGGUGUACACCGCCUAUGUCUUCAUCCCCAUCCACGUUCGCCUAGCUUGGGAGUUUUUCUCUAAGAUAUGUGGCUAUGACAGUUCAGUUUCUAACUGAUCUCAUCCGAAUUCUGCGAAAUGGCAUAAUGUAUUCAUGUUGCUUACAACUUACUGACUUAGGUGACUGUGCUGUCUUUCACCUUUGACCUGACCAGCACUCUUUCUAUGCACUCUCACAUCCUGCCUGGAGAAUGAGAUAGGUGUCUUCCAGUUACUUUUGUACAUGCAGCAUUGUGCAUCAGACGAUAGAAAAUGCAAUGACUUCACCCCCGUCCCACAUUCGCUCAGCGCAACUCUGUGGCUUUAGAUUUCUUUUGAAAUCGAGAUGCUUUCAAAUAAAACUUUUCUGGACAACAGGCAAGUAAGAGACGGGACAGAGUCGUACUUACAAUACUCUAUUCAUACUGUUCUACACUAAAGGAUAUGUUACAAAAAAUACUCUUCAUAGGCUACUGUCAAAAGUACCCUGUACUUGUUUACAAUCUAUUAAAAGGUGUGAAUAAAAUAGAUGAACCUUUAAA